AUGCCUCCUCGAUCCAAAACUGGCGACUCUUCUAAAGGAGGAGGUGGCGGCGCUUCCGAUGGUCAAACUAAAAGUACUACUACCACAAGGAGUCAGAAAGCUGGUUUGCAGUUUCCUGUGGGGCGUAUUCACAGGUAUCUCAAACAAAGAACCCAACACAACGUUCGAAUAGGGGCAAAAGCUGCAGUGUAUACUUCGGCUAUCUUGGAAUACCUUACUGCGGAGGUUUUGGAACUUGCUGGAAACGCGUCGAAGGAUCUUCGCGUCAAAAGAAUCACGCCUCGGCAUUUACAGCUUGCUAUAAGAGGCGACGAAGAGCUUGAUACACUCGUUCGGGCGACGAUCGCAGGCGGAGGUGUUCUUCCGUUUAUUCAUAAGAGUCUUACAGCGGCCGCAUCGAAAAACGCUGUGGCUGCGGCGAAGAGACCUGGAGAAGUAUAA